AUGGCAGAAGUUAAACCUCCUCGAGAGUCUUUGGUCAAAUAUGAAAAUCCCAUUGAAGUCAGCAAUGCCAACGAUGCCUCCAGGACUUUACAAGGCAAAAAGAAGGCAUAACUGUCUCCUUUGGAAUCUAAGCCAAAUACAGAAGUAAGCAAUGAGAUGAGAAAUGUUAGGAUAUAUUGAAUGCCAUCUUACCUCCUAUAGAAUGGGAUCACGAUGGGAAGCAUUAUAUUUAAUAUGUUUCACACGUUCCAGCCACAAGGGAAGAUGUUGGUAAUUUGUAAAAACUAUUGGAUGAGAGAUUGUUGGCAAGAUAAGCUAGGUAGUUAUGGGGUUUAUUAAAUAAUUUUAGAGAGACUGGGAUCUGUCCUAUAAGAGAAGAGUUGUUGAGUUAAUGUUUUGAUGAGAUUAUAAGACAAGUUACAAUUGAUUGUCCAGAGAGAGGUAUUCAUACAAAAGUCGAUCGUAGGAUUACUAUUAAUGAGAGUGAGAGACGAGUUAAAAAUGACGAUUGCUGCUUAUUAAACAUUGUAUAACUCUUCUGUGACAUUUGGAAUGAGAAAAUAAUUGUAAGCUGAGAUGGGCAAGAGUGAAUUGGAAGAGAAGAUAGUUUAAUUGGAGCAGAGAAAAUAGAAGUUGGAAGAAAAGGUAUGAAUCUGUAUUAGAAUUCAGAGGAUUGAUUUGCUUAAUAAAAAGGAUUCCUUGGAUAAGAAGAUUAAGGAAAGAAAUUAGAUUGAGGAAUAGAAGAGGAAAUAGGAAAUCGAAUUUCUCAAAUAUUAAGGGUAACAUUUAGAAGCCUUUUUAAAAUCAGUAUAACCUGAAUUGAAGUGA